GAUGCCUACACCACAGUCUAUACCGCCGCCCAUCAAUGCAUCUAUACCAGCCAUCGAAGUCGUUAAACGGAAUGAUCGCCACAGCAACACUCGCCGAGUCUUCGUUGGCCCUACGCCAGAGAGGGCGCUCACACAGCUGAGCGUGCGAAGUCAGCGGGCAAAGAAAGCGCGCAGCACCGGUGGAUCGGAGUCGGAUAGCGAUGACGAGAGCCUCACGGACGCAAUCAAGCACCACGCCUUUCAAUUCUUCCUGGGUAAAGGCGGACGCGAGGAGGAUUGGGAUCAAGAUGAGGAGCGUCAUAUACGUCAGGAGAUGCUUCAGCGAUGGAGGGAGAGCGAGUACUACACCAAGGUGUUCCGUCGCCGGAGGAACAAGGAGCCUGUACCGAAGUGGGUUGGAGGCAGCUUCGAAGUCGGAGACUUCUUAGGCGUCAAUGUCAUUCACGAUCCUCCGCAUACAAAUUAUCAGCAUGACUCGCCUUCCGGAACAACUCACCAACCGUCGGGCUCUCGGCUCGAGCCUGAUGCACAUUCCCGUUCAAAUUUCGGCCUCUCCACGGCAAACUUGGAUGUCACCUCGGAGGGACGAAGUGGUCCUUCGACGAAUGGUUUCCCUCCUAACAGGAAUUUCGUCGAAGAACCACGGCCUCUCAGCGAUUCCUCUAGUGCCCCUCUAUUGCCUCGUCCUGGGCCCAGCGGGCGAGAAGUUGCAGUCCGCUUUGCCAGCGACGAACAGACUAUCUCACAGGACACACAUGUCAACGACACCGUCGCUCGUACUACGCUCCCUUCAGAUGGGCCUCUACCACCAUCUAUCGUGCUCGGGCGUUCUGGUCCGGGUAUAUCAGCCACGAGCGCUGGGGCAGCCGAGCUGGCGACCGCCGAGAAUGCAGUACCAUGGGGGGAGGUUGUGAUGCGUGACAGAAUGCUAUGCCGAGUGCUCUAUAGUAGGGAAGAUGUGGGCACUAACUUCGACGAGGAGAAGAACUCUACGGCUCGGCAUCUCACGCCUAUCAAAUGGGGCGAAUGCCUGCUCGUUUGGCGUAAAGACCGACUCGAGAUUUACGACGAAUAUAAGACUCCGCUGAAGGAGCGUUUGCUGGGACAUAAGCGUCUCGCACACACUAUACCGUUGGACCCUGCGAAGACAAAGUUGUCAUGCUACUGCUUCGUCGACUUGACGUUCUGCCUCACUAGCGCUCCAAAGGGUAACCGCGGUGUUCACAAAGCUACCGGAUUCCUGCAUGGAGAGAAGGGUCUGAACGUCUACAUAUUCAAGGCGAGAUGUCGAACGCGCGCCGCCGACUGGAUGUGGCAGUUAUGGCGGCAGCUGGGUGGUAUCCUACCUCCCUUCCUGGAGGUGCGGAUUCCCGUUAUGGAUACUCGAUUGAAGAUCGAUAUUCCGGAGCCGGAGGACUGGCAGCACAUCAAUGCAUUGUUGACGAACGACAACGUCCUUGCUAUGUGCACCGACGCCCUCAAGCACCUUCCGGACUGGGACGCCCUCGUCGAGGAGCCAAUACGUGAAGGCGACGCUAGGCUUCAUCUCGCCUGGCGCAUGGACCUGGACAUUGACUGGGUACAGGAGUACGACAUCGAAGGGAAGCUGCGACCUUGGGCUGUAACCUGUGGUAUCGCAAUGAAACAGGCCAAGAAGAUGGCACACCUCGAAUUGCGUCUGGGCCGCCAUUUUCCGACACACCUUCACACUAAAGACGGAAGCCGGCUCGACGAACCUCCCUCUAUCGAAGGCUACCUCGACCGCAUACGCCCUAACACCCAAGCGAAGCAUGCGGUCUAUCUAGCGACACACGACGGCAACCUUUUCUCUCUCAACCCCUCUAAUGCCGACCCUCCUCGCCCGCCAGGCAUGCCUCCCUUCCUGGCUUCUCCGAGCUCGGCAAAUCCCACACGAUCGCCUCGCGAGCAGGAGGUUCUCAGGGGUGCACGCCAAAUCCUCGAUGCAGGUGGCGUGAUCGACCUCAGAAACGUGUUGACAGUGCGGAGGGCGUUCCAACCUCAUGCAGCGGCUCGGCACGACGAAACGCCUCCGAAGCACCUCGCCGGAUGGGAGGAGCAGGAAGAGUCCGUCGAGACAGCAGAGAGGACACACAGCGACGACGAGGAUGAAGGAGGGGAAGAGGCGCUCGCCAAAUCGCCUGAUAAACCUCGCAUGAAGAUGCGAAGGAGCUUCGAGCUGCUGCUGAUGACCGGGCAUGUGAUCCGGUUUGAAGCAUACUCACGACGGGUGGCUUUGGAAUGGAUUGACCGCCUACGCACAUUGGUCGCAUACUGGAAGAAACGCCACCACAUCGAUGCCCGCGAUGAGAUGGACCUCGUGCAGGCUUCACAUCCACGGUUAACUCCGCAAGUCCACGUCCACGGCGAGGACCCGGAUGCGCCUCCGGAAUUGCCACCUGAUCCAGAGACGUCCGCGACAGCGUUGAGCUUCUUCUACAACCAUUGCAUCCUAGACGGGUGUCGGAGUAUCCUCAAGGGCGGCAGGUUAUAUGUAAGAGAAGGCAUGUGGGGCCAAUAUAAAUACGUCCAAGCCUUCCUGGUAUCUGGGCAUUUAGUCCAGUAUCGCAUCAUGUCCCAAAGCUCGCUCCAUCGUCGCCGGAAAAAGCACACCAUUCAUCUCCUUGAUGCGUAUGUUUGCUCAGGGGCCUUUGCUGCCCAGACGCUCCCGAACGGUCAGUACGACCCGAACGCGCCCCCCACACCCCGCCGAUACCAAGACGGCCUCGAGGCCGACGAUCGCGAAGAGGAAACCUUAUUCAUGGUCUGGUACAAGUCCCACAAGAACGUCAUGGGCGUCAUGCCCGGCACCACCCUCGGCGGCGACGAUGCCGCUGCGAACGAGAACGCAGAUCUAGAAAAGGCUACGUUGCCGGAACUGGACGUCAAAAUGGCGAAGCGGAAGGUAGCUAUCUUCCGGACGAGGAGCAGGCUGGAGCGGGACGUGUGGUGCUGGGCCAUCAAUUGCGAGAUCGAGAAGGUCGUGAGGGCGAGCAAGGAUAGGGAAGUCAGGGUUCGGGAGGAUGGUGGGCUGGUGGAGCUUUAAGCAUUCUCCAUCACCAUCCGGUCCGGUCGGUCGUUUUUGUACACAGUGGACUUGGUGCUGGACAGCGGAUACCGCCUUGACGUUACAUACCUUAAUCACCCCCGCACUUGGUGUGACUUAAAUAACACAUGCCAUUCCG